AAAUAGAUUAGCACCUUACACAGCCGCGUGUCAGAAAAAACACCAGAAAAAAAAAAUCUCUUUUUCUCCGUACAACCCCCAUACGUCUUAACGCCUGAUUCCAUCCUAUGCAUAAUUUGUGAUUUUGUAAAGAUAGCCGUAUUUUAAUUGAACACAACAUAAUAUAGCGUUCAAAUUUGCAGGCUUGUCUAAAUCACCCACAUACAUGUUCCUAUAUGUAUCACGAUUUCGUCACGUUUAUGUAGGAAGACGAAGCUGUUCUUGCAACAUAUAUCUGUAUAUAUACAAUUUAAAUAUAUCAAUUAUUUGGGAGUGAUUUUUGGAUAAUUGAUUCGUUAUACCUAUGCAAUUUUUCUCUCCAAAGUAUAGUUGGUCCAAACGCGGAUAAAGGAGGAUGGUGUUAAAAUAGUUUUGAGGCUAAUUGCUUGAUUGAUAAAUUUGUAUAUACAAUAGAUAGGGGAAGCGAUGGGAGCUGUAACGUCGUCGAUGGCGGCAAAGUUUGCAUUUUUUCCGCCAAAUCUGCCGUCGUAUGGGGUGGCGGUGGAAGAAUCAACGGGAAAACUUAAGAUGACAGAGGUGGUGCAGAGGGAAGACGUGGACAUUUUGAAGCUAUGGACGAAGAGAGGGACGGAAAUUAUGGCCAUGUACGUGAGGAAUCCGGCGGCAAAGCUGACGCUGCUCUACUCUCACGGCAACGCAGCUGAUUUGGGGCAGAUGUACGAUUUGUUCACCGAACUUAGUCUUCAUCUCCGGGUCAAUUUGAUGGGGUAUGACUAUUCAGGGUAUGGACAGUCCACUGGCAAGCCAAGUGAGCAAAACACUUAUGCCGAUAUAGAAGCUGCAUAUAAGUGUCUUGAAGAGACGUAUGGGGUGAAGGAGGAGGAUAUAGUAUUGUAUGGACAGUCUGUUGGUAGUGGACCAACAUUAGAUUUGGCAUCCCGCUUAUCAAGAUUGAGGGCUGUGGUUCUACACAGCCCAAUUCUCUCUGGAGUUCGCGUCUUGCAUCCAGUUAAGCGGACAUACUGGUUUGACAUAUAUAAGAAUAUUGACAAAAUACCAUUGGUUGAGUGUCCUGUCCUCAUUAUCCACGGCACUGCAGAUGAUGUUGUGGAUUGUUCACAUGGUAAGCAGCUGUUUGAUCUAUGUAAGCAAAAAUAUGACCCUUUGUGGGUUGAAGGUGGUAACCAUUGUGAUUUGGAGCUCUACCCCGAAUACAUAAAACAUCUGAAGAAGUUCUUAUCAGCUGUUGAGAAAUCUACGGUUUCUAAAAAUGGAAAUGCACCAAGUAUGGACCAAAUAGAUAAACUUGAAACAUCGAAAUAGCAGAGAUUGUAGACGCAGGCCAUGCAAACACCAGAAGGAGAAAUCUAGACCAAGUACAGAAAAGCGAGAGAAACUCUAUAAGCAAGCACAGAUCAGAUAGAUUUAUCAAGCAAGAGUAUCGAUCUAGCAGAAAGGACCAAUAACAAUUUGGACCCGCCAGAGAAAGCAAGAAACAUGUUUGUGUAAAUUUUCUACUUUUUGUGUAUACUUCUUGUGUACGGGAGAUUUUCUCACUUCAAUGAAAUUAAUUUUCUUCAUAAAAAAGAAAAGCAAGAAACAGCAUUUUCUUCAUAUUAUACUAGCUGGCUAAGAGUGUCUUUCAUCUUUUGUUUCCUUGGUCUAAUUAGCAUGAUCUUGUAUAAAACGCGAUCUCUGCUUUAACGAAUGAUAGGUUCUACUGGUGGCAGGUUUAAUGAUAUUA